GUUGUUGACUUCGGGAAAGCUUUCGUUUGUUCGGGGAAUAUCGCCACAUUAACGUGAUCAUGUUUGGACAAACCAUCAAGAAUUUCAACAUAAAUUUCCAAAGGCGGGAUGGGAGUAACGUUUAUUCAAGCGGCGACUUGAUGACUGGAAAGAUUUCCUUCGAACUUACCAAAGAAUGCGUGAUCAAUUCUAUCACGUUGACACUGAAAGGCAAAGCGAAUGUUGCCUGGAGAAAGGGAGGGAAGAAAAGACAUGGCGUAUCUGCAAAAGUUGUAUAUUUCAACUUCAAAAAUGUUAUCAUGAUGAACCGCGAAGCUGCCGUUCAGUCCAAAUUUCCACCUGGAACGCAUGUGUAUCCGUUUACAUGUCAAAUCCCACAAGGGGACUUCCCGUCUUCUUUCAAGGGGUUCGCUGGUCAAAUAGCUUACACUUUGAUAGUGGGUUUCGAUAGGCCAUGGCACCUCACUAAAGAGUUUGAAACUGUGGUCAACUUUGCAAACCGUUGCAAUCUAACCUACGAACUUAUGGCACCUCUCUCCGGCUCCAACAGUAUGACGGUGUGCAGCCUGUGGUGUGCAUCUGGUCCCAUUUCAAUGAAUGUUCGUCUUGAGAGGGCAGCUUUUCUCCCCGGGGAAGAAGUCAAAAUCAUGUGUGAGUUCAGCAACUCAUCAUCUCGACCAGCCACCACCAAGGCACGCCUUCUUCAGAAACAGAUGUUCUACACUCUUAACCAUGGCCAACACCGGAAGUUUGAGCAAACUCUGGCCCGGCAGACUGGCCUUGUGGGUCGCCAUAGCCCUGAGGCUCACAGUGAGCUCACAAUCACUAUACCUUCAACCGUACCUUUCUCAAUCUCCAACUGUGCCAUCUUGGAAGUCAGUUACGUAAUUGAGGUGUGCUUUUCUGUCAAGUACUCCCCUGACCUCACAGUGCUGUGUCCUAUUGUCAUCGGCAAUCUUCUGCAGGACUCUUUAGCUCCACCACCACAUGUGUGAGUAUGAUAGAAACUCAUCUGUUGUGGAUAUAUAUAUAUUAUAUUAUAUUAUAUUAAGUGCUGGUUAGCCUUUGCCAAUUUGUAUCCACUCAAAAUUGUUAUGUAGGUCUAUACUCUAGAAUACUAGUUAAGUUAAUAUUCUCGCAUUCUUGUCCGUGAGAUAUUUUCCCAAACACUGAAAAAUGAUUUUAUUGUUUGAAUGCUAUUUAUUUGGCCAAGUGAGUGUUGAAGUAGAUAGCCCAGUUGAGUCGACCUCAGAAAGACAUUUUCAAAUUCCUGCUUUGCAUGGAAUGACCAUGUUUACAUCCGGGACUUUUGUGUAUCUUAAACCUUGUCAAUGUGCUGGAUAGGCCUGAAUGGCUUAACAAAUGUUUUCGUUGACACCCAAUUACCGAUGAGUUAAGCACAAUUUUAUGUUAAUGAAUUCGAUAUUCUUUGUAAUUAUCUGUGUUACAAUGCAGUAUUACAAUUGAAUUAGUCCUUCCUUUUGUUACUGAAGUAGAAUGUUGAUAUCUAUCUCUUCUGUUCUAUUCCUCCUAUUUCAUAAAUGUUCUUUAACAUUAAAUAUUACACCAAUUAAUGCUAUCAACA